AAGCCAGGACGCGGGAGCCCGGGAAGCGCUCGGAGCCCCAGAACCUGAGGAGCGCAGAGAGGGGCGCGCCGGAGCUGGCUGGAGAGCGGGCUCUGGGCACCCACUGCGCUCCUAGCGCCGGGCAGCCCUCUGCGCAGCGUUGGCUGCCGCUGCCCCCACGGAGGGCACGGGCUGGCGCGGCCGGGCGCCGGGGAGGACGGCGAGGAGGAGGCGGCGGCGGCGGAGACGGCGGCGGCGAGGCUGGGGCCAGGGAGAAAGCCCCGGGGGAGAAGCGCCCGAGCCUGGCCGCGGGAGCAUGUGGGACCGGAGUGGAGCGCGGGGUGCGCUGCUGCUGGCGCUGCUGCUCUGCUGGGACCCGAGGCUGAGCCAAGCAGGCACGGAUUCUGGCAGCGAGGUGCUCCCCGACUCCUUCCCGUCGGCACCGGCUGAGCCCCUGCCCCACUUCCUCCAGGAACCCCAGGACGCCUACAUCGUAAAGAACAAGCCUGUGGAGCUGCGCUGCCGUGCCUUCCCCGCCACGCAGAUCUACUUCAAGUGCAACGGCGAGUGGGUCAGCCAGAAUGACCAUGUCACACAGGAGGGCCUGGAUGAGGCCACGGGCCUGCGGGUGCGGGAGGUCCAGAUCGAGGUGUCACGGCAGCAGGUGGAGGAGCUGUUCGGGUUGGAGGAUUAUUGGUGCCAGUGUGUGGCCUGGAGCUCCGCCGGCACCACCAAGAGUCGCCGGGCCUAUGUCCGCAUCGCAUAUCUGCGCAAGAACUUCGAUCAGGAGCCUCUGGGCAAGGAAGUGCCCCUGGACCAGGAGGUUCUCCUGCAGUGCCGCCCACCGGAGGGGGUGCCUGUGGCUGAGGUGGAGUGGCUGAAGAAUGAGGACAUCAUUGACCCCACCCAGGACACCAACUUUCUGCUCACCAUCGACCACAACCUCAUCAUCCGCCAGGCCCGCCUGUCAGACACAGCCAACUACACCUGUGUGGCCAAGAACAUCGUAGCCAAACGCCGAAGCACCACUGCCGCCAUCACUGUCUAUGUGAACGGCGGCUGGUCCAGCUGGGCAGAAUGGUCACCCUGCUCCAACCGCUGUGGCCGUGGCUGGCAGAAGCGCACUCGGACCUGCACCAACCCGGCACCGCUCAAUGGAGGCGCCUUCUGUGAGGGUCAGGCCUUCCAAAAGACCGCCUGCACCACCGUGUGCCCAGUGGACGGAGCGUGGACGGAGUGGAGCAAGUGGUCAGCCUGCAGCACCGAGUGUGCCCACUGGCGCAGUCGCGAGUGCAUGGCGCCCCCGCCCCAGAACGGAGGCCGAGACUGCAGCGGGACCCUGCUCGACUCCAAGAACUGCACAGAUGGGCUCUGUGUGCAGAAUAAGAAAACGCUAAGUGACCCCAAAAGCCACCUGCUGGAAGCCUCGGGGGACGUGGCGCUGUACGCGGGCCUUGUGGUAUCCGCCUUCGUUGUCGUGGGUGUCCUCAUCGUGGUGGGGGGGGUGGUAUACCGCCGCAACCGCCGGGACUUCGACACUGACAUCACUGACUCGUCCGCCGCCCUCACUGGUGGCUUCCAUCCCGUCAACUUCAAGACCGCAAGGCCCAACAAUCCACAGCUCCUGCACCCGUCGGCGCCUCCGGACCUCACUGCUAGUGCCGGCAUCUACCGAGGGCCCAUGUAUGCCCUGCAGGACUCAGCCGACAAGAUCCCCAUGACCAACUCACCCCUGCUGGACCCCCUGCCCAAUCUCAAGAUCAAGGUCUACAACUCCGGCACCACCGGCUCUGGGCCAGGCCUGCCGGAUGGGGCCGACUUGCUGGGUGUCCUGCCGCCCGGCACAUACCCUGGCGAUUUCACCCGGGAUGCCCACUUGCUACACCUGCGCACUGCCAGCCUCGGCUCCCAGCAGCUCCUGGGCCUGCCCCGCGACCCAGGGAGCAGCGUCAGUGGCACUUUUGGCUGCCUGGGUGGGAGGCUCAGCAUCCCUGGCACAGGAGUCAGCCUGCUGGUGCCCAAUGGAGCCAUCCCCCAGGGCAAGUUCUAUGAGAUGUACCUCCUUAUCAACAAGGCAGAGAACACCCUCCCGCUUUCAGAAGGGACCCAGACAGUACUGAGCCCCUCGGUGACCUGUGGGCCCACGGGCCUCCUGCUGUGCCGCCCCGUCAUCCUUACCGUACCCCACUGUGCGGAAGUCAGCACCGGCGACUGGAUCUUCCAGCUCAAGACCCAGGCCCACCAAGGCCACUGGGAGGAGGUGGUGACUCUGGACGAGGAGACACUGAACACCCCCUGCUACUGCCAGCUGGAGGCCAGGUCCUGCCACAUCCUGCUGGACCAGCUGGGCACCUACGUCUUCACGGGCGAGUCGUACUCCCGCUCGGCAGUCAAGCGGCUCCAGCUGGCCAUCUUCGCCCCCGCCCUCUGCACCUCCCUGGAGUACAGCCUCAGGGUCUAUUGCCUGGAGGACACACCCGUAGCCCUGAAGGAGGUGCUGGAGCUGGAGCGGACGCUGGGUGGCUAUCUGGUGGAGGAGCCCAAACCCCUGCUGUUUAAAGACAGUUACCACAACCUGCGCCUGUCUCUGCAUGACAUCCCCCAUGCCCACUGGAGAAGCAAGCUGCUGGCCAAGUACCAGGAGAUCCCCUUCUAUCACAUCUGGAGCGGCAGCCAGAAGGCCCUGCACUGCACCUUCACCCUGGAGAGGCACAGCCUGGCCUCCACUGAGCUCAGCUGCAAGAUCUGUGUGCGGCAGGUGGAAGGGGAAGGCCAGAUCUUCCAGCUGCAUACCACGCUGGCCGAGACACCUGCCGGCUCCCUGGACACCUUCUGCUCUGCCCCUGGCAGCACUGUCACCACCCAGCUGGGGCCAUACGCCUUCAAGAUUCCACUGUCCAUCCGCCAAAAGAUCUGCAAUAGCCUGGACGCCCCCAACUCACGGGGCAACGACUGGCGUCUCUUGGCACAGAAACUCUCCAUGGACCGGUACCUGAACUACUUUGCCACCAAAGCGAGCCCCACGGGUGUGAUCCUGGACCUCUGGGAAGCUCUGCAACAGGACGACGGGGACCUCAACAGCCUGGCGAGUGCCUUGGAGGAGAUGGGCAAGAGUGAGAUGCUGGUGGCCAUGGCCACUGAUGGGGACUGCUGAGCGGCUCCGGAGCUGUGGGCUGGGAGGGCAGGCAGGAGGCGGGCACAGGGAGACCUGGGGCAGCCUCUUGAGAGGCGCUGGUGAGGCCUCUGCUGCCCCCUGGCUCACGGCCUGAGUCGUCCCCUCCUCCUCCCCUGGCCCAACUCCAGACCGUGACCAGCCUUAGCAAAUCCAUGUACUCCAUUGUCCUGAGGACCCCAGUGCUCCUUCUCCACCCCCUGCUGUCCCUUCUACCCUCAGAUCUCUGUGCAGGAACCACCGUGAAGCCUCUGGAGGCAGCUGGGGGGGUGGCCAGGAGGUGGCCUUCCCCACUCCUUCCACCCCACCUGCCACGGCCGCCCCGGGAGCUCUGGGUCGCAUUUGUCUUCGUUUCGUCCUUCAGUUUCUCCCUCGGUUCCUGGUUUCUCCCUCCCCCCUGAGCCCUCUUCUUUCACACCAUUUUCCUCUUUGAAGUGUCAAGUACAAUUCACAUGAACUGCUUUCUCCUGUCCAAAGCAAAAAGGAAAAGGAAAGGAAGAAAGAAACUUCAGACCGCUAGUCAGGCUCCAAGAAGAAAAAGAGCAACACCAAAACCACAAGGGAAAAGAAAAACCCAGUUUCUUAGGAAACGCACAUGAUUUAUUAUCCAGAUAUUUGGAUAAGUCCUUUUUAAGAAAAAAAAAAAAGAAAAAGAAAAUGAAAAACAACACACACACAAAAAAUAUAAAACUCUUUUCUUGAGUGUGGACGCGUGUGGGCUUGCUCGUGGUUCUGGCCAGAGUGAGCGUGUGUGCGUGUGUGUGCAUGUGUGAGAGAGAUUUUCAGGGAGAGAGAGACAGAACAGGGCACACCUUGCUGCUAAAGAUUCCGUCUUAGACUAACUCCUACAAGGCCUCCGUUUCCCCAGUUGUACAGGGUCAAAUGGGGUUUUUGCCAUGGUACCGUAUUUCCCUCUAAAAUCUUAAGCAGAUGCUAAAUCUAUAGCAUUCAGAUGCUACGGGUGGGGGGGUCCUCCUGCCCACCCACCUCCCCAGGCAGAUGCCCCACAGGCUCCCUGGGCUCUGGGGGAGUCUGGAUUAAGAGGGCCUGGGGUGGAAAGUGUGGGCAGGCAGGGCCAGCUAUGAGCCAGGGACAGUGUUUCCAGUGUCCCUGUCUAUUGGCCCCUGGAGAAGGGGUGGGGCCCAGAAAUGGGGCAGCGGGAGGUAGAGUCUCCUAGGGACACUUCUCUCCUUCACCCCGGGGUGGGACCAGCCAGGUCACCCCUCCACCCAACAGGCUCUAGACUCGGGGGGGCGGGAGCACACUGGCAUGCCGCUGAUGCCCAGGAAUCCAAAAAUUGUCCUUCCUCAGCCUCAGCUGGCUGAGGAAGUUCAUCUAUAAAACAGAAGGGAUGGGUCAGAGGGCUUGUAGCCACAGAAGCCUGAGCUUCCGGGCCCGCAGUGUGGCUUUGAAGAACCUGUCAGCUGUCAGCCCCGUAGGCCGGGAGGCAUGGAGGUGGGCGCCCAGCAGUGCUCUACGCACCACCCCCACCCCAGGGGAGGAUGCCCUGGGGAGUGCUGUUUUCCAGCUCUGACCUCUGCCGGCACUUUGCUCAGCCCGGUUCUCAGCCUCCCUCUGCAGUCUGGGGCGUCUUGAAGCGAGCUUUGAACGGGCAGAGUUGCCAGACUGGGGGGGAGGCUGUCAGUCCCUUGCCAGCCUGCACCGGGGUGCUCCAAGGGGCUAUCCAAUCUAGGUCCCUUUGUGACUGGCUGACAAGGGCUAGGACCAGGCUCUUACAACUAGCACAGAGGCCUCAUCAUGGGCCUCUCUCUCCUCCUCGGCCCCCAGGGCAAAGCUAGUUCCAGCUCCCCGCCCCAACCGCUCUGGGCGGGCCCCGACCCCAGGGCUUGCCUGAGCAGGUCCAUGAGCAGCUGCUGGGACCAGCCCGGGCUUAUCCUGGCCUUUGAAGUCCUGGUCUCCUGGGAGGAAAGCAGGUUUGAGAGCUCCAGCCCCAGUGGGUAUCCCCAGUCUACUCUUCUCUGCCGUGGGCUCUGGGCAUUAUGGGGGUUUUCAGCACCUACGGACCGCCUUGGGGGGUAGCUGAGCCAUGGGCAGACAGAGGCCUGCUUGGUUUGAGAGAGGAUUUCAUCUGUCAGGGCUGCUGAAGGGGCCAGGCCUGCAUUCGGGGCGGGAUGUCGACAGCUCUUGACCCUAGUGCCUGUGUGGUGUUGCCCCGAAGCCAGCGAGCCUCCCCUGCCAAGGGUGACCAUCCCUUGUGGGCUCUGUGUCCCCGAUGCCUCCUAGCCUGAGUUGUUCAGGCCUGUGUGACAUGAGGCCUUGACAGCAGGCUGACCAGUGCCACAAGGAGUUUUCGCUGGACAGGGCUCUAAAAUGCUCCCCCUGGGCAGCCUGGAGUCCAAAGACCAGCACUGAAGCUCCAGCUGUGCCAUUAAACUGCUGUGUGACCUCAGUCAUAGGACUGCCCUCUUUGGGCCUCAUCUUCUUUUCAUACCUGCAGCUGCCGUCUGACUCCCUUUGGGUUCUGACACAUGGUCGCUCUAGGGUUCUAGUGGGAACCCUAGUGGGUGGAGGUUGGCCGAGGUCUGCAAUGCCCCUCCUCCCCGCCCUGCCUGCUCAGCACCCAGGGUGGGAGCUCUCGGUGGAGGAGGCCAAGGCCAGCCCCUCACAUGCCAUUUCUCAGCUGAUUUCCAGAAACUGUGUACCAGGGCCUGGAGCACAGAACCAAUCAGCUGGAGCCUCCUGGGAGGGCUCAAACUGUCCAGCUUUAUAAGAAACGCCUGGAAAGGGUUUGCGGGUUCCAUCCAUCAGUCCUCUGCUGAGGCUGCUGUGGCCACAUCCCCACACGACCCGCCUUAGGGAAGGAUCAGGCUUUCUCCUCUUAUUCAGGCCUAAGCGGUUGCCCCACGUGACCCCGGUGCACCACAAGCAUCAGAUCAAGAGCCCCCGAGGGGCUUGCAGGGGCCUCAAGUGGGUAUUGGUGUCUCUCUCAUUGCUGGGGUGUGCUUGCACAUGCAUGCGUGUGUGUGUGUGUGCGCCCCCCCCCCAGGAAUGUGUCCCCGCCUGGGUGCGCGUGUGUGACCUCUCUGAGUCCACAGGGUCAGUCGGUGUAUCUUCUACGUGCCUCUCCUCUGCCUUCUCUCGCAGAGACCGGGAUCCUCCUGAGGGUGUGGGGACCUCUCUGUCUCCUGGACAACCCAGGACCCUCUGGGCCCCUUUCCCCAGCAACCAGGCAGCUGAGCCGGGUCCCUUAGUAUGCCCUCUGAGGGAGGGUGAUCAAGGGUUUGGGUGCAGGGAGCAGCCCUGUGGGGGGGCAAAAGGGUUGGACCCCCUGCCUGGGCCAUGGCCAUGUUUCUGUGUCCCGGGGACGUAGGGCCGAGGGGAUGGCCCGAUCCCGCCGCUGUUUAUUCUGUAAACUUCAACCUGUACAUAACGUUUAGCAUUCCUAUUGUAACAAAAUUAAUUUUUACAAAAUAAAUUAUA